AUGCCUCCACAAGAAAACGAAACUGCAGAUACUGCGACGAGCAGUCAAACCGAAAGCGAUACGUCACCGCCGGCCAGCCCUAACUGGGCUGCGCUUAGAGUAAGUAUGAAAUAUUUAUUUUAUAGUAUCGUAAAAUCAAACAAAUGUGUCAAAAUUACAAAGCUUAAGUUAACUGUUUACUCUACAGAACUAUUCCGGUACUUUUUUUUACUGAAUUUUGCCCGCAAUUUCGAUGGAUGCGAAGAGGCGGCUUUGUUUCAUUUAAACUUUUAAAACUUGGGUGAUAACAAUAUUAUUUUUCUUUGAUAUCUGCUGUCAUUGAAAUUCGACCAAAUUAUUUUGCUCUUUAAUCAGCAUUAACUUCACUUUGCAGGGACAAACUUGUCACGAACAAGCAUGGUAAUUUUUUUUUCGAUUGCGUGAUAACGUGAUCGAUCGUCGGUUGUUUCUUACGCGUACAAUUGCACAUAAAAUCACUGUCUGUGUCAUCAUAUUAUCUGUUUUAUGCAAACUUCAGCAUUUCAAAGUGUCAGUUGUUACGAAAACUGAUCGAAUGCGAAGUUUGACAUUAACUGUAUAUAUUUUUUGUAUUUUAUAAUGGAAAAAGUAAUGACUUUUGGUGGUUUUAGUGCUGUAUUCUUUUUCUCAAGUGUGCUAUUUUAUAAAAAAUAAUGACCUUGUUUUUUUUAUCUAGCACUAUAGUUCAUGUUUCUGUUUUCGAUUAGAGAGCUAAAGCUACUGAGACGCAUAGUACUUAUAAUUGACAACAAUUUACGAAAGUAAAUCAUGGGGAGUUUGCUUGUCAGAGUCCCACUAGGGAAAUAAAUUUAUUAGUCUUUGUCUUUAACUCAGUUUUUCCCUAUUGAACAUAUUGCCAUUAAGCCAAAUCAUUAAUUUUUUAUAGUUCUAAGGAAACCCUAUUUUAACAACUAAAUUUAGCAGAUCCUGAAUAAACUUUGGGUCGACUGUAAGGCUGAUUUCUAAAAUGGGUUAAUUUUUACAGGCAUUGUGUUAUUGUUACUGAUAGUAAGCUAUCAUCGUAAAAGACUGUAUAGUGGAAAGGUGUACUGCUACCAAGAGCAACCAAUGAAAACCCCUGUAUGUUAAGUGAUGUUCCUGAAUAAGCCACAAAGAUAACAUUAUGGUGUAUUGAAAAUUGAUUAAUUUGGAAGAAGUACUUUGACUUUAUUGAGGCUGACUUUUCCAUCCCCCUUUUGCAAAAAUUAUUAUCCUCUAAAAUAUUUUUUCUGUGCAUCUAGUAUUGAGACAUGGAAUGAAAUAUCUACUAUUGGCCACAUUUAAUGGUCUUAAUGGGAUAUUAGUUGAGGAAAAAUAUAUAUGAUAUUACCAUCAUCUAUCACCUUUUAUUGACUUCUUACGAGGUGACAGAUUUAGUCCAGUUUGAUUGGGUGUUCUUGUUAAUCCUAAAAUAAAAUUAAGAUACAUUGUAUUUUUUAAGUCUAAUAGGCAAUGCUCAAUUUUGUAUCACUCCUUCCAAUCUCAAAAGAGAGGGCGGUUACUCAGAGAACAGCAUAGUGCUUAACUACUCUACAGCCGGCUAUGAAGCAGUUCUCUCUAAAAAUUAUUUUCGUGGUUUAACAAAUGUAUGUUGUAUUAAUUGCAGAGAUAUCUUUUGGACAACAAGAUUGAUUCAGCAUUAUGGCUCACAAGAGUAUUUACCAUCAUAAGUGCAAUUCUUUAUUUGCUGCCAUUCUUUAGGUAUGCCUGUUUUCCUCUUGAAUUUUAAAGUGACAGCAGAAAAAAAUACCAGUAUCAUUUUCUGGCAAAAUAUUGAGUUUUAUUAAAUACAUACAGUGAUUGUACUGCUCAGUAGCUGUCAACUGAAUUAUCAACCCACAUGUUAUUUUUACAGCGUGAAAAACAGCGGUGCUGGAACUUUCAUAAGAAACUGCACCUUAACACUCUUUAAAUCACAGGCUUAAGACUCCCAUUCACCAGUACUUUUUGAUUUAUUAUAAACAAAGCAAUGUUUGCAUAAAAAAGAAAGGGUGGUAUUACAUUUUGACCUUGGAAAGUUGACUCAAAGUCAGAAGUCUUUUAAAAAAUCUCAUGUAAGCAAACUCCUUUGAAGUGUUUCUAUUGACCUUUGAUUUAUUUAUUUCCUAUGAUUAUUGAUGCUUUUUUCCUCUAGCCCCAUGUUUAGCUAUAACUGCUAUAAGAGAGCUCUAAUAAGUUCAGCGGCGACGUCAGCGUUAAGGUUGCACCAAAGGCUUCCAGUAAGUACAUCAACGUUAUCAUCAUCAUCAUUGCUUUAUCAUUAUGUUUGCCAUUUUCUUAUGACUACAAAAUUUUUCUUGUUGAACCUGGACAACCAUGCAAAAUGCCAAGAUUUUGCACUUAAAUGGUCAUGUAUAAGUAUUAUAGGUGAUUAAACAUGGAUCCAUAUAAUAAUGCCUUGUUCCCAGCACCUAUCUCUCGCUCACCUAUUUGAGCCACCCAAUUGUCGUGGAUAAAAUUGAAUUUUGAUCUUUUCUUUGCUUUUGUAUGGAAUUUAGUCCAUUUUCCCCCAAAAUUUGAAUUUUUUAAAACAUAGAACCAUUUCUGGGCAUUUUUGCAUGUAUUUUAUCACUCUUUUUCGUCAUCCCAUUACACUUUCCUCAUUACAGCCAUCUUCUACUUGUACAACAGCCUUGUGCCUAAGUGACCAUUAUAGAGGUUUGAUGAUAAAUAUUUGAAUCAAAUCAUAAUAAAUUUUGUUUUUUGGUCUGAUCCUGUAACUAUUUAAAUUCAGCUUUUUAAGUAAUCCUCUCAGACUUAGUUCUUUGUUUACAGUGUGUUUACAUUAUGUCAUUUUCGUUUUCUUUGUUUAUUUUCAUUUAUUUACAGAGAUUCCAGUUUUCAAGGGAAUAUUUGGGAUUGUUAUUUGCUGAAGACAGCUGUCAUUACCUUCUCUUCAGUGUUAUGUUUAUCAGCUCACAUCCAGUUACAAGUAUCCUUUUUAUUUAAUUCAGAAAAGAGAUAAAGUUGAAAAAAGAUGCUUGCAGCUAAGUUGUAUUAAUAAUAUUUGUCCUCCUUUUUAGGUCCAAGUGUGACUUUGGUUUAAACACAUUUCCAGUUCACCACAUAAUGGGUACCUGGAAAAACACAUCAGUUACUAGUAAUAAUCUUUUAGAUUUUCCUUUCAAAUUUUGUUGUGUUUUGAUGGGGGAAUCUGACAUAACAUAACAAACAUGAUGCCCAAAUUUUCAGCCUGUCUCUGCUGUCUGGAUGUCGGAUGAAAGACUAGUGAAAGGAUAUAGCUUUUCAAAACUAUUUGAAAGAUUUUUGGCAAUUAAUAUUAAUGGAUCCAAACCACCAUCAUAGAAAGGAUUUCCUCUGUUUCUUUUCAUGAAGUGUUGAUGAGUUAAAAAACAGAAAUAUCAAGGGUAAGUUAAGCAACAUGUUUCAUGCAGCCCUUGAAUUGGUUAGCUGAGACACUGACGUCUGACUGUUUUUAUAAAAUUUUACAUUCUUAUCUCAGUUUUUCCUUGACAACACAUUUCUUCUGCAGUUAUCUUAAUUCCUGUUGCAUUGUUUGCUCUUCUCCAUACUGUGUCAUUUACUAAAAAGUUACUAGAUGUAAGUGGAUUUACCAUUUACCCUAUAAAUUCAGAGAGACAGAACUCAUCACUCUUGAUUCUUCUGGAAGAUUUUUCCUAGCCUGUUCCAAGCCUGAAGAUAUCAGGGAAGGCAAAUUAAGAAUACUAGAGUAAAAGUUAUGUGGUGGCUGAAGAGAGACGAUGCUUGCUCGCUUUUUCACCACUCAUUUGCUUUUUUGCUCGUCUUCACCGACUGAAUUAUGCAAUACAAUGACCCACACUUAACUCUUUUGUUGAGAAUGUUUUCCUACCACUUCCCCUAUAAGGAUGCUUUGGGGACAAGAAGGAGAAUUUGGGAAUUUAAGAGAAAAAAAAAACCUUUCUAGAGUUUGCAGUAAAGAAGAGUGGUUGCAAGAUCUUCCCUUUUAGUAAUAUAAGUUAUUUUUACAUUAUAUAAUUUUUUUACUUUAAUAGAUUCUUGGAAGUGGUGGUAUGCUAAACAUGUCACUUGUGAGGUAAAGACUCCUUUUUGUGUUUAAAUUUAGUGUCCUUAAUUUGGCCAAUCAGGUUCAAUUUUCCUUCUUUCAUUGACCAGUCCUCAAAGAUAGAGUCAAUACUCAAAGAAUUACUGGAGAGGCGUCAGUUUAAGAGAAGUGUCCAUUAUCAGAGAUCAUCAUUUCACAAGACUGGGGCAAAGAAACAAAUCUGAGUUCUAAAUCUCACAAGUCCAGCUGGGUGCUCUGUGCUCUGACCACUGAGCUAUGGAAGAGCUUUGCAUCAUUCUUGUUAUUUUUGUCUGUAGGUCAGCUCAAACAGCUAUUCAGAAAGUACAGACGCAUCAGCAAGGACUUCUGAGGUUCAUUGCCUGUACAGAGAUCAUGUUAAUGCCUGCUGUUGUUUUAAUGAUGUUGAGGUAGGUAUGUCAUUGUUUGAAGAAGCUCUGCUGGGGUAAAAUUCCAGCAGGCGACAUGACCUUGAAAUAGGACGUAAGACUAGAUGAAAUGGCAAAUAUAAAUGACAUAAAGGUAAAUUGAAUACCGACAGGGACAUGGCCUAACUCCUCAAAAGUGAAAUGACCAUUUUUGACAUUCAUACAAGGGACAUAUGUACCAACCCCCGCCCCCCCCCCCAACCACACAAGGGGGCCCCUUUUAAGCACUUGCCACUGGCUGGUCUGUGGUGUUACAGCUGUUAAGUCAAGUCAUUCAAUUGCGUAUUUUUAACAAAUUUUGAUUGCUAUGAAAGUUUAUGGUGCUGCUGCUAUGUUUGUUAUUCUAAAUAGUGAUGAAAUUUGAUGAAGAAGACUACGGAUCAAUCUAGGUUUCUGGGAAACUGCCUACCUAACCCUCCCCUAAGCCAACAUUUUGCCCUAAGUCAGAAGUAAGUGAUAAUGCUGGCUUAGGGGAGGGGUAGGUGGGCAGCUUCCCAGUUUUCCUACUUCUUUUUUUUCGUUUCAGUGGUCAAGUUGGCAUUAUCAUUCCAUUUGUUUACUAUCGAUUUCUUGGACUCAGAUAUGCGUCCAGACGAAACCCUUACACCAGGUUUGUAGAUGACAUGAAAUAGAGUAAUAAUGCAAGUGUUGUUUACAGGGGCCCAUUAAAUGUAUUAUCCAAUCAGAUUACAGGAAAUGUUUAAAAUGGCCUGGAAGUCACUGUAGUAAACCCUAUAAUAACAUUGCUUGCCAUUAGUUAGCAAUUAUGUGCAUACAGUUUUGAUCAUUCAGACUCGAGUUAAAAAAGCUGUUGAUUUUUUCUGCAGGCAUCUAUUUGGUGAACUAAGGCAAUCGGUUCAACAGCUUGUAAGUCAUCCUCGCUGUCCUGGUUUCUUACAUUCGCUGGUGUUCAGAGUCACUGCCUUCAUUGCAAAUCUGGCUCCUCCAGUGAUGACGGCACCACCACCUCAGGCUUCUUCAUAA